AUGAUUGUGGUGGUGUUUGGAUUACUGUUAGGUUAUGUGAAUUGUCAUUCAUUAGUCUGUAAGGCAACACAGCUGAUUUUAUGCAGCAACGCACAGCACCUCCUUUCCCCUGCCUCUGCUGCUUGGUUUUCUGCUGAAUUCAAUCAAGGAGCUGCCAAUUGCCACCAGGAUGAAGACCGAGAUCAGGAUGAUGUAGGUGGAGAAAAGAUUACUAGUAGGACAUUUCUUUCUCUUUCCCAAAUAACUGCCUUGUCAGAAGAAAAUCUGGAAGGAGUUGAAAAGAAGAUGGAAGAAUUUCUGAAUCUUACACAACUAAAGACAUCUUUGAAAGAAGCUAUUUUACUAGAUUAUUAUACUGCAGGAUUUUGGUGGGCUAAAGAAAUGAACUUCAGUCUUAUCCAGCUGUCAGGAUUCAUGGAUCUAUUAAAUUUCGCCUUGGAGAACCUCAGCAACAAACAUAUGACCUUGGGAGAUAAUUUAAAAGAACUUGAAAGAGCAAUGGCUGAAAUAGGAGAAACUGAGUCAGAAGAAAGAGGUGACCUGAAUUUAUUCAGCAUUGAGCAAGCCAAAGCAAUCAUUGAUUACUUGGUUACCAGCUUAUUUAAACACUAUAAAGCAUAUGAAUACCUCUUCCACGGUCGUAGAGAAGAACCUGUGAUAAGUAAUGAGAAUAAGAUUGAACUUGACCAACCUGCAGUUUCCCCCUCAGAAUCAGAAUCUCAGGGGUCUGACCAGGGGGAUUACCUGCAAGAGCCCUGUCCAGAGGCAGCAUCUUCCAAAGUGGAUGCUGUAGCUGGAGUCACUGCUGAAGAUGAGAAGUCUGCAGUGUGUGAAAUCCCAAAUGAAAUUAUUGGCAACCUUGAGGCAGACGUAAAUGAAAAGCUGCAAAUGCAGGAAGAAGCUUAGACUUGGACAAGAGAAAAACUGAGAAGUCCUAAAUAGCCAGAUAAGAAAGGUGAUGCUGAGUUUUGCAGGAAUUGGUCAGCAGGGGAUGGCACAUACAGAGAGGCUGGCUCACUACCUGAACCAAAUUAUUUUUGUAUAGAGGAUAAUGGUUCUAUUAACAUUUACCUGGAAGUAUUUCAUCCCAGUCCCUCAAAUUUACAUGUUCUGCCAGCAUUGUUGUUUAGUUUAGACUUAAGCUGAAGAUUAUAAACACAAGGACACAUAAUUAAAACAUGUUGAAGUUCAGUUUAUUUCUGAAUACAAAUUCUAACUUUAAAAAAAAAAAAAAGCUGCAGUUUCAUUCUCCCAGAUGUGAAAUACUUAACAGUUUCUGCUUUACACCUAUGAUUUUUUUCAGAAAAUGUUGCUACAAGGAAAAUAUAUAGAGAGAAAACAUUAUUUUGAGGCACUGUAGAUAUAAUAAGGAGAGAAUUUAAUUAACAUGUAAUUACGCACCUUGCACUGUAGCUAUUCAUUAAUAAUAUGUAUUUUGUUUUAAUUUGCUUCCUAAGCUUUAAAAUAAAUUUAAUAGCUUGCACUUCUUUAUUUCCACCAUAUUAAUAUUGCAUAACUGAAGAGUUUGCACUUAAGUAUUCCAAGAAGAGUUUCUUUAGAUUUCAGUGGAUUUUUUUCUGGAAUGCAUGUAUCCUUUCAUCUGAGAAUGUUUCCAUAUUUUGUCAGACAUUAUAGAAAUGUUUCGUGCUCAAAAGGAUUCCAACCAAAUAAAUGACCUCAGAAGAACCGGUUGAACA